AUGUUGAUGGGAGUGUUGGCGGUAUGGAGAAUACAAAGAGUUCUUUCGAUUGAGAUAGUGGUGUUCUUUCUAUCAGGAAAAAAACUCUGUAACUCAGCCGAUAAAAUAGAGGAGGAAGAGCAGCAAUUUGCGUUUAGCGAUUUGAUUAGGGAGGUUUUUUUGAGGUUUAAAAUAGAAAUCAGAAGUGGAUUCGACUUGAAAUUAAGUUAUGCAAAAGAUUUCAGAUCCAUGCAUGUUAAGCCUUUAGAACUGACAAAAGCGUAUGGAAAAACUUCAAGCAAGCUUUCAGGUUUUGGGAAGCAUGUGUAG